AUGUCCAUAAAGAAUUUCGAAUCUACCCACACCUGCGGUCAACAUAGAGCAAAUACUGGCAACUCAAGGACAUCAAGGAAGUUCAUUGCUAGCCAAAUACAAGCUGUUUUGAAGGUUAGGCUAGAUCUUCGUGAAGUUAAUAUCAAGAACGACAUUCUCUCUAAUUUUAGCAUCAAGAUUAACUACAGUAAAGCGUGGUAUGAAUCCAUGGUGCAUGCAACUAAUCCAGGGAGUCAUGUUGUUAUUGAUGUUGAUGACGGGAGGUUCAGAAGCAUACUACUUAGUGCCACUGGGUAUGACGACAACCAGAGAAUAUUUCUCAUUGCUUAUUGCAUAUGCGACCAGGAGAAUGAGGUUAAUUGGAAAUGGUUCUUACAAGGAUUAUGGACGUUACUGUAUGAUAGGGAAAAUCCUUACCAACCUCCACAUCGGCUGGUAAUAAUUUUCGACGCCAACAAGGGUAUUAGGGCAGCAGUUAAGGAAUUCUUUUCAGAUGCAUUCCAUUCAAGGUGUGUUCUGCAUCUAGUCAAGAAUUUCAAAAAGAAGAUGAAGGAUUUUGGGCACAAGACAAAUGUCGCUACUACGUUGGGCAAGCUGUUACAAUCUGCGGCUUAUAAGUUCACAAUUUCUGAAUGGGAUGAUGAUAUGAAAGAAUUAGCAGUGAUCGAUCAUAGGGCUUACGUCACUCCAAUGGAAUACUCCCCUAAGACAUUGGCAAACACACAUUUUCCUGAUAUAAGGUAUGGUCAUGUUACUUUAAACGUUGCUGAGUCUUUCAAUAGCUGGAUAAGAAAUGUACGAUUAUUACGAAUCUUACCUUUGGUUGAGACCAUACGGAAGCAAAUAAUGGAGCGCAUGCACGAAAGGAGGCUAGUGGGUCAGAAAUAG